GCUGACAAACACAAUAAGGAACUACGUUUCAGGAACAGAUUGGUAAAAAGAUGGAUGCAUUCAGUCAGUCCAUGGCAGAAAGAGGAAAAGACCAGCUCACCUCAAGUUCACAAAAUAUUGGAAAACAUUUACCUGCUGAUGAGCAGCGUGAAUUUAAAAACAUUGAUAAAAAACGCAUUAAAGAAGCUACUGCUGGUAAAACAAUAGGGAAAAGUGUACAUGAAAUUGAAAUACAGAACAAAAACAGCAUUGCCGGUGUAUUUCUGCAAUCCACAAAGGAGUCCAUGAGCAUAUGCGAAGCAAAAUCAAAAGGGCUCCUGACUCCUGGAACUUCUCUGUUGCUGCUGGAGGCACAGGCUGCCACUGGGUUUAUGAUCGACCCAGUAAAGAACAAGAAGCUGACUGUGGAAGACGCAGUGGCUACAGGUGUAGUUGAUGUGGACCUGAAGCGCAAACUGCUAUCAGCAGAAAGGGCAGUCACAGGGUACACUGACCCCUACACAGGAAACAUUAUCUCCUUGUUCCAAGGCUUAAAAAAGGACCUAAUUGUAAAGGAUCAUGGAAUUCGCCUUCUAGAAGCACAGAUUGCCACAGGAGGCAUCAUUGAUCCAGUACAAAACAUUCGAGUGCCUGUGGAAGAAGCCUACCAGAAAGGAUACUUUGAUGAAGAAAUGAACAAGAUUCUUUCAAAUCCUGCAGAUAGCACCAGGGGCUUUUUUGACCCCAACACUCAGGAGAACUUAAAUUACCUCCAACUUGUGAAGAGAUGUAUGACAGACCCUAAAACUGGCCUUAGCUUGCUGGUUAUUGCCCAAAAAGGAGGGGACAACUUCUUUGUAGAUGAAGAAACAAAAAGUCUUCUGAAGUCCACUAUCACAACUAAAGCAGGAGGAAAAUUUAAAGGUAAGAGGACAUCUCUUUGGGAACUCCUCUAUUCCCAGUACAUCACUGAAGAAAAACGGAAAGAGCUAAUACGGCAGUAUAUCUCCGGGGAAAUCACAAUUGAGCGCCUUAUGGAGAUCAUACUUACAAUAAUAGAGCAGAAGACUUCAUCUACAACUACGGAAAUUACACAAAGAAAAGACAAGGAAAACUUCCAUGGCAUCAGGAAAGAUGUGACUGCUGAUGAAUUGCUUGAAUCUAAAAUCAUUGAUAAGAAACUGUAUGAUGAUCUCAGUGCAGGAAAAGUUACAAUCAAAAGCGUAAGUGAAAUGGACUCUGUUCAUAAGUACCUACAGGGAACAAACAGCAUUGCAGGUAUAUUCUUGCAGUCCACAAAGCAGGUCAUGAGCAUCUGUGAAGCAAAAUCUAAAGGGAUACUGACUCCUGGAACUUCUCUGGUAUUGCUGGAAGCGCAGGCUGCCACUGGUUUCAUCAUUGACCCAUUAAAAAACAGGAAGCUGUCUGUGGAAGAGGCAGUGGCCACCCGGGUUGUCGAUGCGGAGCUGAAGAAAAAACUGCUGUCAGCAGAAAGGGCAGUCACAGGGUACACUGACCCCUAUACAGGUAACAUCAUCUCCUUGUUCCAAGCCUUAAAAAAGGAACUGAUUGUAAAGGAUCAUGGAAUUCGCCUUCUAGAAGCACAGAUUGCCACAGGGGGCAUCAUUGACCCGGUACACAGCCAUCGAGUGCCUGUGGAAGUAGCCUACCAGCGAGGAUACUUUGAUGAGGAAAUGAACAAGAUUCUCUCAGAUCCUGAUGAUGACACCAAGGGCUUUUUUGACCCCAACACUAAGGAGAACCUAACUUACCUGCAACUUGUGGAGAGAAGUGUGACUGACCCUAAAACUGGCCUUAGCUUGCUGGUUAUUGCCCAAAAAGGAGGGGACUACUUCUUUGUAGAUGAGAAAACAAAAAGUGUCCUAAAAUCCACUACCACAACUAAAGCAGGAGGAAAAUUUGAAGGUCAGAGGACAUCUCUUUGGGAACUCCUCUAUUCCCAGUACAUCACUGAAGAAAAACGGAAAGAGCUAAUACGGCAGUAUACCUCUGGGGAAAUCACAAUUGAGCGCCUUAUGGAGAUCAUACUUACAAUAAUAGAGCAGAAGACUUCAUCUACAACUACGGAAAUUACACAAAGAAAAGACAAGGAAAACUUCCAUGGCAUCAGGAAAGAUGUGACUGCUGAUGAAUUGCUUGAAUCUAAAAUCAUUGAUAAGAAACUGUAUGAUGAUCUCAGUGCAGGAAAAGUUACAAUCAAAAGCGUAAGUGAAAUGGACUCUGUUCAUAAGUACCUACAGGGAACAAACAGCAUUGCAGGUGUAUUCUUGCAGUCCACAAAGCAGGUCAUGAGCAUCUGUGAAGCAAAAUCUAAAGGGAUACUGACUCCUGGAACUUCUCUGGUAUUGUUGGAAGCGCAGGCUGCCACUGGUUUCAUCAUUGACCCAUUAAAAAACAGGAAGCUGUCUGUGGAAGAGGCAGUGGCCACCCGGGUUGUCGAUGCGGAGCUGAAGAAAAAACUGCUGUCAGCAGAAAGGGCAGUCACAGGGUACACUGACCCCUAUACAGGUAACAUCAUCUCCUUGUUCCAAGCCUUAAAAAAGGAACUGAUUGUAAAGGAUCAUGGAAUUCGCCUUCUAGAAGCACAGAUUGCCACAGGGGGCAUCAUUGACCCGGUACACAGCCAUCGAGUGCCUGUGGAAGUAGCCUACCAGCGAGGAUACUUUGAUGAGGAAAUGAACAAGAUUCUCUCAGAUCCUGAUGAUGACACCAAGGGCUUUUUUGACCCCAACACUAAGGAGAACCUAACUUACCUGCAACUUGUGGAGAGAAGUGUGACUGACCCUAAAACUGGCCUUAGCUUGCUGGUUAUUGCCCAAAAAGGAGGGGACUACUUCUUUGUAGAUGAGAAAACAAAAGGUGUCCUAAAAUCCACUACCACAACUAAAGCAGGAGGAAAAUUUGAAGGUCAGAGGACAUCUCUUUGGGAACUCCUCUAUUCCCAGUACAUCACUGAAGAAAAACGGAAAGAGCUAAUACGGCAGUAUACCUCUGGGGAAAUCACAAUUGAGCGCCUUAUGGAGAUCAUACUUACAAUAAUAGAGCAGAAGACUUCAUCUACAACUACGGAAAUUACACAAAGAAAAGACAAGGAAAACUUCCAUGGCAUCAGGAAAGAUGUGACUGCUGAUGAAUUGCUUGAAUCUAAAAUCAUUGAUAAGAAACUGUAUGAUGAUCUCAGUGCAGGAAAAGUUACAAUCAAAAGCGUAAGUGAAAUGGACUCUGUUCAUAAGUACCUACAGGGAACAAACAGCAUUGCAGGUGUAUUCUUGCAGUCCACAAAGCAGGUCAUGAGCAUCUGUGAAGCAAAAUCUAAAGGGAUACUGACUCCUGGAACUUCUCUGGUAUUGCUGGAAGCGCAGGCUGCCACUGGUUUCAUCAUUGACCCAUUAAAAAACAGGAAGCUGUCUGUGGAAGAGGCAGUGGCCACCCGGGUUGUCGAUGCGGAGCUGAAGAAAAAACUGCUGUCAGCAGAAAGGGCAGUCACAGGGUACACUGACCCCUAUACAGGUAACAUCAUCUCCUUGUUCCAAGCCUUAAAAAAGGAACUGAUUGUAAAGGAUCAUGGAAUUCGCCUUCUAGAAGCACAGAUUGCCACAGGGGGCAUCAUUGACCCGGUACACAGCCAUCGAGUGCCUGUGGAAGUAGCCUACCAGCGAGGAUACUUUGAUGAGGAAAUGAACAAGAUUCUCUCAGAUCCUGAUGAUGACACCAAGGGCUUUUUUGACCCCAACACUAAGGAGAACCUAACUUACCUGCAACUUGUGGAGAGAAGUGUGACUGACCCUAAAACUGGCCUUAGCUUGCUGGUUAUUGCCCAAAAGGGAGGGGACUACUUCUUUGUAGAUGAGAAAACAAAAAGUGUCCUAAAAUCCACUACCACAACUAAAGCAGGAGGAAAAUUUGAAGGUCAGAGGACAUCUCUUUGGGAACUCCUCUAUUCCCAGUACAUCACUGAAGAAAAACGGAAAGAGCUAAUACGGCAGUAUACCUCUGGGGAAAUCACAAUUGAGCGCCUUAUGGAGAUCAUACUUACAAUAAUAGAGCAGAAGACUUCAUCUACAACUAUGGAAAUUACACAAAGAAAAGACAAGGAAAACUUCCAUGGCAUCAGGAAAGAUGUGACUGCUGAUGAAUUGCUUGAAUCUAAAAUCAUUGAUAAGAAACUGUAUGAUGAUCUCAGUGCAGGAAAAGUUACAAUCAAAAGCGUAAGUGAAAUGGACUCUGUUCAUAAGUACCUACAGGGAACAAACAGCAUUGCAGGUGUAUUCUUGCAGUCCACAAAGCAGGUCAUGAGCAUCUGUGAAGCAAAAUCUAAAGGGAUACUGACUCCUGGAACUUCUCUGGUAUUGCUGGAAGCGCAGGCUGCCACUGGUUUCAUCAUUGACCCAUUAAAAAACAGGAAGCUGUCUGUGGAAGAGGCAGUGGCCACCCGGGUUGUCGAUGCGGAGCUGAAGAAAAAACUGCUGUCAGCAGAAAGGGCAGUCACAGGGUACACUGACCCCUAUACAGGUAACAUCAUCUCCUUGUUCCAAGCCUUAAAAAAGGAACUGAUUGUAAAGGAUCAUGGAAUUCGCCUUCUAGAAGCACAGAUUGCCACAGGGGGCAUCAUUGACCCGGUACACAGCCAUCGAGUGCCUGUGGAAGUAGCCUACCAGCGAGGAUACUUUGAUGAGGAAAUGAACAAGAUUCUCUCAGAUCCUGAUGAUGACACCAAGGGCUUUUUUGACCCCAACACUAAGGAGAACCUAACUUACCUGCAACUUGUGGAGAGAAGUGUGACUGACCCUAAAACUGGCCUUAGCUUGCUGGUUAUUGCCCAAAAAGGAGGGGACUACUUCUUUGUAGAUGAGAAAACAAAAAGUGUCCUAAAAUCCACUACCACAACUAAAGCAGGAGGGAAAUUUGAAUGUCAGAGGACAUCUCUUUGGGAACUCCUCUAUUCCCAGUACAUCACUGAAGAAAAACGGAAAGAGCUAAUACGGCAGUAUACCUCUGGGGAAAUCACAAUUGAGCGCCUUAUGGAGAUCAUACUUACAAUAAUAGAGCAGAAGACUUCAUCUACAACUACGGAAAUUACACAAAGAAAAGACAAGGAAAACUUCCAUGGCAUCAGGAAAGAUGUGACUGCUGAUGAAUUGCUUGAAUCUAAAAUCAUUGAUAAGAAACUGUAUGAUGAUCUCAGUGCAGGAAAAGUUACAAUCAAAAGCGUAAGUGAAAUGGACUCUGUUCAUAAGUACCUACAGGGAACAAACAGCAUUGCAGGUGUAUUCUUGCAGUCCACAAAGCAGGUCAUGAGCAUCUGUGAAGCAAAAUCUAAAGGGAUACUGACUCCUGGAACUUCUCUGGUAUUGCUGGAAGCGCAGGCUGCCACUGGUUUCAUCAUUGACCCAUUAAAAAACAGGAAGCUGUCUGUGGAAGAGGCAGUGGCCACCCGGGUUGUCGAUGCGGAGCUGAAGAAAAAACUGCUGUCAGCAGAAAGGGCAGUCACAGGGUACACUGACCCCUAUACAGGUAACAUCAUCUCCUUGUUCCAAGCCUUAAAAAAGGAACUGAUUGUAAAGGAUCAUGGAAUUCGCCUUCUAGAAGCACAGAUUGCCACAGGGGGCAUCAUUGACCCGGUACACAGCCAUCGAGUGCCUGUGGAAGUAGCCUACCAGCGAGGAUACUUUGAUGAGGAAAUGAACAAGAUUCUCUCAGAUCCUGAUGAUGACACCAAGGGCUUUUUUGACCCCAACACUAAGGAGAACCUAACUUACCUGCAACUUAUGGAGAGAAGUGUGACUGACCCUAAAACUGGCCUUAGCUUGCUGGUUAUUGCCCAAAAGGGAGGGGACUACUUCUUUGUAGAUGAGAAAACAAAAAGUGUCCUAAAAUCCACUACCACAACUAAAGCAGGAGGGAAAUUUGAAGGUCAGAGGACAUCUCUUUGGGAACUCCUCUAUUCCCAGUACAUCACUGAAGAAAAACGGAAAGAGCUAAUACGGCAGUAUACCUCUGGGGAAAUCACAAUUGAGCGCCUUAUGGAGAUCAUACUUACAAUAAUAGAGCAGAAGACUUCAUCUACAACUACGGAAAUUACACAAAGAAAAGACAAGGAAAACUUCCAUGGCAUCAGGAAAGAUGUGACUGCUGAUGAAUUGCUUGAAUCUAAAAUCAUUGAUAAGAAACUGUAUGAUGAUCUCAGUGCAGGAAAAGUUACAAUCAAAAGCGUAAGUGAAAUGGACUCUGUUCAUAAGUACCUACAGGGAACAAACAGCAUUGCAGGUGUAUUCUUGCAGUCCACAAAGCAGGUCAUGAGCAUCUGUGAAGCAAAAUCUAAAGGGAUACUGACUCCUGGAACUUCUCUGGUAUUGCUGGAAGCGCAGGCUGCCACUGGUUUCAUCAUUGACCCAUUAAAAAACAGGAAGCUGUCUGUGGAAGAGGCAGUGGCCACCCGGGUUGUCGAUGCGGAGCUGAAGAAAAAACUGCUGUCAGCAGAAAGGGCAGUCACAGGGUACACUGACCCCUAUACAGGUAACAUCAUCUCCUUGUUCCAAGCCUUAAAAAAGGAACUGAUUGUAAAGGAUCAUGGAAUUCGCCUUCUAGAAGCACAGAUUGCCACAGGGGGCAUCAUUGACCCGGUACACAGCCAUCGAGUGCCUGUGGAAGUAGCCUACCAGCGAGGAUACUUUGAUGAGGAAAUGAACAAGAUUCUCUCAGAUCCUGAUGAUGACACCAAGGGCUUUUUUGACCCCAACACUAAGGAGAACCUAACUUACCUGCAACUUGUGGAGAGAAGUGUGACUGACCCUAAAACUGGCCUUAGCUUGCUGGUUAUUGCCCAAAAAGGAGGGGACUACUUCUUUGUAGAUGAGAAAACAAAAAGUGUCCUAAAAUCCACUACCACAACUAAAGCAGGAGGGAAAUUUGAAGGUCAGAGGACAUCUCUUUGGGAACUCCUCUAUUCCCAGUACAUCACUGAAGAAAAACGGAAAGAGCUAAUACGGCAGUAUACCUCUGGGGAAAUCACAAUUGAGCGCCUUAUGGAGAUCAUACUUACAAUAAUAGAGCAGAAGACUUCAUCUACAACUACGGAAAUUACACAAAGAAAAGACAAGGAAAACUUCCAUGGCAUCAGGAAAGAUGUGACUGCUGAUGAAUUGCUUGAAUCUAAAAUCAUUGAUAAGAAACUGUAUGAUGAUCUCAGUGCAGGAAAAGUUACAAUCAAAAGCGUAAGUGAAAUGGACUCUGUUCAUAAGUACCUACAGGGAACAAACAGCAUUGCAGGUGUAUUCUUGCAGUCCACAAAGCAGGUCAUGAGCAUCUGUGAAGCAAAAUCUAAAGGGAUACUGACUCCUGGAACUUCUCUGGUAUUGCUGGAAGCGCAGGCUGCCACUGGUUUCAUCAUUGACCCAUUAAAAAACAGGAAGCUGUCUGUGGAAGAGGCAGUGGCCACCCGGGUUGUCGAUGCGGAGCUGAAGAAAAAACUGCUGUCAGCAGAAAGGGCAGUCACAGGGUACACUGACCCCUAUACAGGUAACAUCAUCUCCUUGUUCCAAGCCUUAAAAAAGGAACUGAUUGUAAAGGAUCAUGGAAUUCGCCUUCUAGAAGCACAGAUUGCCACAGGGGGCAUCAUUGACCCGGUACACAGCCAUCGAGUGCCUGUGGAAGUAGCCUACCAGCGAGGAUACUUUGAUGAGGAAAUGAACAAGAUUCUCUCAGAUCCUGAUGAUGACACCAAGGGCUUUUUUGACCCCAACACUAAGGAGAACCUAACUUACCUGCAACUUGUGGAGAGAAGUGUGACUGACCCUAAAACUGGCCUUAGCUUGCUGGUUAUUGCCCAAAAAGGAGGGGACUACUUCUUUGUAGAUGAGAAAACAAAAAGUGUCCUAAAAUCCACUACCACAACUAAAGCAGGAGGGAAAUUUGAAGGUCAGAGGACAUCUCUUUGGGAACUCCUCUAUUCCCAGUACAUCACUGAAGAAAAACGGAAAGAGCUAAUACGGCAGUAUACCUCUGGGGAAAUCACAAUUGAGCGCCUUAUGGAGAUCAUACUUACAAUAAUAGAGCAGAAGACUUCAUCUACAACUACGGAAAUUACACAAAGAAAAGACAAGGAAAACUUCCAUGGCAUCAGGAAAGAUGUGACUGCUGAUGAAUUGCUUGAAUCUAAAAUCAUUGAUAAGAAACUGUAUGAUGAUCUCAGUGCAGGAAAAGUUACAAUCAAAAGCGUAAGUGAAAUGGACUCUGUUCAUAAGUACCUACAGGGAACAAACAGCAUUGCAGGUGUAUUCUUGCAGUCCACAAAGCAGGUCAUGAGCAUCUGUGAAGCAAAAUCUAAAGGGAUACUGACUCCUGGAACUUCUCUGGUAUUGCUGGAAGCGCAGGCUGCCACUGGUUUCAUCAUUGACCCAUUAAAAAACAGGAAGCUGUCUGUGGAAGAGGCAGUGGCCACCCGGGUUGUCGAUGCGGAGCUGAAGAAAAAACUGCUGUCAGCAGAAAGGGCAGUCACAGGGUACACUGACCCCUAUACAGGUAACAUCAUCUCCUUGUUCCAAGCCUUAAAAAAGGAACUGAUUGUAAAGGAUCAUGGAAUUCGCCUUCUAGAAGCACAGAUUGCCACAGGGGGCAUCAUUGACCCGGUACACAGCCAUCGAGUGCCUGUGGAAGUAGCCUACCAGCGAGGAUACUUUGAUGAGGAAAUGAACAAGAUUCUCUCAGAUCCUGAUGAUGACACCAAGGGCUUUUUUGACCCCAACACUAAGGAGAACCUAACUUACCUGCAACUUGUGGAGAGAAGUGUGACUGACCCUAAAACUGGCCUUAGCUUGCUGGUUAUUGCCCAAAAAGGAGGGGACUACUUCUUUGUAGAUGAGAAAACAAAAAGUGUCCUAAAAUCCACUACCACAACUAAAGCAGGAGGGAAAUUUGAAGGUCAGAGGACAUCUCUUUGGGAACUCCUCUAUUCCCAGUACAUCACUGAAGAAAAACGGAAAGAGCUAAUACGGCAGUAUACCUCUGGGGAAAUCACAAUUGAGCGCCUUAUGGAGAUCAUACUUACAAUAAUAGAGCAGAAGACUUCAUCUACAACUACGGAAAUUACACAAAGAAAAGACAAGGAAAACUUCCAUGGCAUCAGGAAAGAUGUGACUGCUGAUGAAUUGCUUGAAUCUAAAAUCAUUGAUAAGAAACUGUAUGAUGAUCUCAGUGCAGGAAAAGUUACAAUCAAAAGCGUAAGUGAAAUGGACUCUGUUCAUAAGUACCUACAGGGAACAAACAGCAUUGCAGGUGUAUUCUUGCAGUCCACAAAGCAGGUCAUGAGCAUCUGUGAAGCAAAAUCUAAAGGGAUACUGACUCCUGGAACUUCUCUGGUAUUGCUGGAAGCGCAGGCUGCCACUGGUUUCAUCAUUGACCCAUUAAAAAACAGGAAGCUGUCUGUGGAAGAGGCAGUGGCCACCCGGGUUGUCGAUGCGGAGCUGAAGAAAAAACUGCUGUCAGCAGAAAGGGCAGUCACAGGGUACACUGACCCCUAUACAGGUAACAUCAUCUCCUUGUUCCAAGCCUUAAAAAAGGAACUGAUUGUAAAGGAUCAUGGAAUUCGCCUUCUAGAAGCACAGAUUGCCACAGGGGGCAUCAUUGACCCGGUACACAGCCAUCGAGUGCCUGUGGAAGUAGCCUACCAGCGAGGAUACUUUGAUGAGGAAAUGAACAAGAUUCUCUCAGAUCCUGAUGAUGACACCAAGGGCUUUUUUGACCCCAACACUAAGGAGAACCUAACUUACCUGCAACUUGUGGAGAGAAGUGUGACUGACCCUAAAACUGGCCUUAGCUUGCUGGUUAUUGCCCAAAAAGGAGGGGACUACUUCUUUGUAGAUGAGAAAACAAAAAGUGUCCUAAAAUCCACUACCACAACUAAAGCAGGAGGGAAAUUUGAAGGUCAGAGGACAUCACUUUGGGAACUCCUCUAUUCCCAGUACAUCACUGAAGAAAAACGGAAAGAGCUAAUACGGCAGUAUACCUCUGGGGAAAUCACAAUUGAGCGCCUUAUGGAGAUCAUACUUACAAUAAUAGAGCAGAAGACUUCAUCUACAACUACGGAAAUUACACAAAGAAAAGACAAGGAAAACUUCCAUGGCAUCAGGAAAGAUGUGACUGCUGAUGAAUUGCUUGAAUCUAAAAUCAUUGAUAAGAAACUGUAUGAUGAUCUCAGUGCAGGAAAAGUUACAAUCAAAAGCGUAAGUGAAAUGGACUCUGUUCAUAAGUACCUACAGGGAACAAACAGCAUUGCAGGUGUAUUCUUGCAGUCCACAAAGCAGGUCAUGAGCAUCUGUGAAGCAAAAUCUAAAGGGAUACUGACUCCUGGAACUUCUCUGGUAUUGCUGGAAGCGCAGGCUGCCACUGGUUUCAUCAUUGACCCAUUAAAAAACAGGAAGCUGUCUGUGGAAGAGGCAGUGGCCACCCGGGUUGUCGAUGCGGAGCUGAAGAAAAAACUGCUGUCAGCAGAAAGGGCAGUCACAGGGUACACUGACCCCUAUACAGGUAACAUCAUCUCCUUGUUCCAAGCCUUAAAAAAGGAACUGAUUGUAAAGGAUCAUGGAAUUCGCCUUCUAGAAGCACAGAUUGCCACAGGGGGCAUCAUUGACCCGGUACACAGCCAUCGAGUGCCUGUGGAAGUAGCCUACCAGCGAGGAUACUUUGAUGAGGAAAUGAACAAGAUUCUCUCAGAUCCUGAUGAUGACACCAAGGGCUUUUUUGACCCCAACACUAAGGAGAACCUAACUUACCUGCAACUUAUGGAGAGAAGUGUGACUGACCCUAAAACUGGCCUUAGCUUGCUGGUUAUUGCCCAAAAGGGAGGGGACUACUUCUUUGUAGAUGAGAAAACAAAAAGUGUCCUAAAAUCCACUACCACAACUAAAGCAGGAGGGAAAUUUGAAGGUCAGAGGACAUCUCUUUGGGAACUCCUCUAUUCCCAGUACAUCACUGAAGAAAAACGGAAAGAGCUAAUACGGCAGUAUACCUCUGGGGAAAUCACAAUUGAGCGCCUUAUGGAGAUCAUACUUACAAUAAUAGAGCAGAAGACUUCAUCUACAACUACGGAAAUUACACAAAGAAAAGACAAGGAAAACUUCCAUGGCAUCAGGAAAGAUGUGACUGCUGAUGAAUUGCUUGAAUCUAAAAUCAUUGAUAAGAAACUGUAUGAUGAUCUCAGUGCAGGAAAAGUUACAAUCAAAAGCGUAAGUGAAAUGGACUCUGUUCAUAAGUACCUACAGGGAACAAACAGCAUUGCAGGUGUAUUCUUGCAGUCCACAAAGCAGGUCAUGAGCAUCUGUGAAGCAAAAUCUAAAGGGAUACUGACUCCUGGAACUUCUCUGGUAUUGCUGGAAGCGCAGGCUGCCACUGGUUUCAUCAUUGACCCAUUAAAAAACAGGAAGCUGUCUGUGGAAGAGGCAGUGGCCACCCGGGUUGUCGAUGCGGAGCUGAAGAAAAAACUGCUGUCAGCAGAAAGGGCAGUCACAGGGUACACUGACCCCUAUACAGGUAACAUCAUCUCCUUGUUCCAAGCCUUAAAAAAGGAACUGAUUGUAAAGGAUCAUGGAAUUCGCCUUCUAGAAGCACAGAUUGCCACAGGGGGCAUCAUUGACCCGGUACACAGCCAUCGAGUGCCUGUGGAAGUAGCCUACCAGCGAGGAUACUUUGAUGAGGAAAUGAACAAGAUUCUCUCAGAUCCUGAUGAUGACACCAAGGGCUUUUUUGACCCCAACACUAAGGAGAACCUAACUUACCUGCAACUUGUGGAGAGAAGUGUGACUGACCCUAAAACUGGCCUUAGCUUGCUGGUUAUUGCCCAAAAAGGAGGGGACUACUUCUUUGUAGAUGAGAAAACAAAAAGUGUCCUAAAAUCCACUACCACAACUAAAGCAGGAGAGAAAUUUGAAGGUCAGAGGACAUCACUUUGGGAACUCCUCUAUUCCCAGUACAUCACUGAAGAAAAACGGAAAGAGCUAAUACGGCAGUAUACCUCUGGGGAAAUCACAAUUGAGCGCCUUAUGGAGAUCAUACUUACAAUAAUAGAGCAGAAGACUUCAUCUACAACUACGGAAAUUACACAAAGAAAAGACAAGGAAAACUUCCAUGGCAUCAGGAAAGAUGUGACUGCUGAUGAAUUGCUUGAAUCUAAAAUCAUUGAUAAGAAACUGUAUGAUGAUCUCAGUGCAGGAAAAGUUACAAUCAAAAGCGUAAGUGAAAUGGACUCUGUUCAUAAGUACCUACAGGGAACAAACAGCAUUGCAGGUGUAUUCUUGCAGUCCACAAAGCAGGUCAUGAGCAUCUGUGAAGCAAAAUCUAAAGGGAUACUGACUCCUGGAACUUCUCUGGUAUUGCUGGAAGCGCAGGCUGCCACUGGUUUCAUCAUUGACCCAUUAAAAAACAGGAAGCUGUCUGUGGAAGAGGCAGUGGCCACCCGGGUUGUCGAUGCGGAGCUGAAGAAAAAACUGCUGUCAGCAGAAAGGGCAGUCACAGGGUACACUGACCCCUAUACAGGUAACAUCAUCUCCUUGUUCCAAGCCUUAAAAAAGGAACUGAUUGUAAAGGAUCAUGGAAUUCGCCUUCUAGAAGCACAGAUUGCCACAGGGGGCAUCAUUGACCCGGUACACAGCCAUCGAGUGCCUGUGGAAGUAGCCUACCAGCGAGGAUACUUUGAUGAGGAAAUGAACAAGAUUCUCUCAGAUCCUGAUGAUGACACCAAGGGCUUUUUUGACCCCAACACUAAGGAGAACCUAACUUACCUGCAACUUGUGGAGAGAAGUGUGACUGACCCUAAAACUGGUCUGUCUCUGCUAUCUAUCAAACAAUAACUUUAAAAAACUGCAUAUCAGUGAAAAAUCCAUUUAUUAUAGAAUUGAAAAGCUAUACCCUCUGCAGCUUUUUCUACUGUCAAUUUACAACAAAAUGAGUGAACUGUUUGGUUAGAAUUCUUUGAGUUCAAUCCUAUUUGUAUGCUUGAGGAAAUUUAGAAAACUUUUCCAAAAUCCGUAAAAGAACUUUUAUAUUUUGGGAUGUUAUUAACAUGACCAUGCCCUCUGCAAAAUAUUUUUGCAAUUGUAUAUUUCUUUUAUUUUUUAAAUUUUUUCAUUUUUUAUUAUUGGAUACCGCAAUUGCUGUUCUCAGACUUUUCCUGAAUCCUAUGUAAUUUUCCAACACCCUUACUUGCAUCCAAGUGAAAUUUUUACAUGCAGUCAUAGACAAAACGGGAUGCUGCUUGGAGGGCCAUGGCCUCUUAUUGAAAGAGACUGAGCCGUACAAUUUUAGUAUCUGUAUGAUAAAUAUAUAAUACCCUCUGCCUUUAACAUUCAUAUUUUUUGCACAGUAGGUACUUACAUUCAACAGUGUGUUCUUCAUCCUGAUUAUUCAUUUGCUACGUGUUCUUGAGUUUAUAGUUGUGGGGGAAAAAAGGCUUGUUGAUUUUCCACAUAGAGAAUCAGUGGAGUUUGUGGUACUUCUCCAGUACACUGGCCUGACUAUUAAUAGGUGUGCAUAGGGGUAUAAGAUGAAGCUCAUACGUUGUAUUGGCAAUGACUAAAUGCACUUCACAAGUGGCAUGGCUUCUUUGUAAAUUGAAAGUUAACCAUGGUAGCAGAACUACAAUCAGGCAGUCAGCGAGGCUAUUUCAAGAGAAUGAUUGAAGCGAUUCAGUAAGAGCUUCAUUCCACUGAAGAUCCGAUUCCUAAACAUAAUAAUGCAAGUCUUGUAAUUAUAUAUUCUCACCAAUUGCUGUACAUUUAAUAUUUUCCCUGCUGUUAGUGUCAAUUUAUUUGCCUGUGCUUCUGUGUAAUUGUCUUACUUAGCUGUUUUAUACUUCAAAAGACAAUAGUGAAAUAUGAACAUGGGUAAAUAUACUGAGUAAUUGCAAGGCUGAGUAAUUAAAGUAACUUCUGAAACAGUGAAA